UGACAAUUUGCUUUCGAAUCACGUUCUAUAGCCACGACGGAGAUGUCAAAUUGUAUCUGAUCUUGAUCUUCACAAAAGUACACAACGUACGGUAUCAAUAACGGAGUGUCAAAUUGAAAUUUGCCGAGACGUCAAAUCCUGUAAAAACACCGGUUUUGUAAAAAUAAUCACCUCUUUAGAAUAAUUUGAAAUUUCAAGUGGAGUUCGGAAUGAAUGAACCACCAUCUGAGCGUGCGUAAAUGGUUCCCGCGCAUUGCACGAUCCUAGUAAAUUUCAUGGCUCCAUGACAGAGCCGCCAUGAUGGCUUUCUGCUCAACACGCUCGACAUGGAAAGUUUCAAAGUUGUUUUUUAGUAUUUGUGACUGAGUGCGUGUAAAUAAAAACAAUGGGAACGUACUAAAGAAAACGGAGAUUCGUUUAGUGUCCGACUCGGACGGUCCGGGUGGCAAGGAGAUAGUUUAUAGGAGAUUUUAUGUUGGCCUUGUCGUGUGUUUUGUGCUGUCAACAAAUAUGUCCAAGCUUUCAUUUAGGGCGAGGGCCCUGGAUGCUAGCAAACCCAUGCCUAUCUACAUGGCUGAGGAACUCCCGGAUCUUCCUGAUUAUUCAGCAAUUAAUCGGGCAGUUCCUCAGAUGCCAUCGGGAAUGCAAAAAGAGGAAGAAUGUGAGCACCAUCUACAAAGAGCCAUUGUGGCAGGGCUCAUCAUUCCAACUCCAGAAGUAUCAGAGAUGCCAAACAAGGAGUUUUAUGAAAAGAAUUACCCUGCAAAUUACAAGCAACCCCGGCAACUCAUACACAUGCAACCGUUCACGAUGGAACAAGACAUCAUCGACUACGACAUGGACUCUGAGGACGAACGAUGGCUGCACCAGCAGAGCAACAAGUUGGAUUUGACCGAGGAGAAGUUCGAGGAAAUGAUGGAUAGGUUGGAGAAGAGCAGCGGCCAGACGGCGGUCACGCUCAACGAGGCUAAGGCAUUGCUCAAGGAGGAUGACGAUCUCAUCAUUGCUAUAUUCGAUUACUGGCUAAACAAAAGGUUGAAGAUGCAACAUCCCUUGAUAUUGACGGUAAAAACGGAACAGCGGGCCGGUGCGGCUGCAAACAACCCUUAUUUGGCGUUCAGGCGGCGCACGGAGAAGAUGCAGACCCGUAAAAAUAGGAAGAACGAUGAGGCCUCCUACGAGAAGAUGCUGAAGUUAAGGCGCGACCUUUGUAGGGCUGUCACGCUCCUGGAGCUUGUUAAACGGAGGGAGAAGAUCAAGCGCGAGUACGUCCAUCUCACCAUCGAGGUAUUCGAGAAGCGGUAUCAUGCGAAAGACUUCAGCGGCGCUAUCCUGGCCGAGGCAUCGGCAGUCAAGACGUCCUCACGGCCUGCAUUUACUCCUAUCUUCCAUAACCACUAUACGAAUCAAAGCUGGUCGAAUAAGGCGAUCCUGAAAGACGAGAUAAUCCCACGUCGAGAGAAACGACAGUAUAAGAAGCGCAAGCACAAGUCCCUGACGACAGGUGGGCGGUCUGGUACGUUGGACGCGCUGAGCGGCGGAUUGUCUUCAGACGAGGAUACGGCUAGUCAGACCCAACUAUCGCCUGUCGAUUCUGUGGAGGAGAGCAGCCAGCAAUCGCUGACAGAGGACGAGGGACGGUACGCGUUCAGGCGGAACAAGCUCUGUCAGUACCAUAUGCCUCUGCCAUAUGAAGGCAACUGGCCAUGGUGCAGCAAAGAGGAGCACGGCCUGGCGGAUCGUCGUUAUCGGUUCGCGCUGACAUCGAUAUCGCAUCCGGCGCGCAGAUGCAUCGGCCUCGCUAGGCGGCGCCUCGGCAGGGGCGGAAGGGUCAUCAUGGACAGGGUGGCCACCGACUACGACGAUCUGUGGCGAACGCUUGACUUCACCAUCAUUGAACCGGAUCGGGAUCAGCACCAGGUGAAGCAAGAGGAGAGCAUCAGGGACGAUGUGCCGUCGGCGUCGACGUGCGGCGUUAGUGUUAAUAGUAAUAAUAAUAGUUCGUAUAUAAGUGAGACUAGGACGAGCAAUAACGCUACGGCGAGUAGUAGUGGUGUAUUUAAUAGUGUGGUUGGUGAUGUGUGCGUGAAACAGGAACCGGUAUCGGUGCCUGACGAACCGACGACAGCGCCCGAACUGGUGGACGAAACGACGCAGCACCAAGAGGAUAUGGUCGAAGUGCUUCGGUCGAUACGAAGGGACUGGUUGCACUUCCGACCGAAAACGCCACCAGCCGAUUGGGAACCUCCGUGCGACAUGCUCAUGAUGGAAGACUCAUUCUUUUCGCCGUUGAGCGGCACCCCGUUCUCGAUGGAGGUGCAGCCGUUGGAGGGCACGGGCGAGUCGUACGUGACGGAGCCGUUCUCGUUCGCCAACUGUUUGUCCUCGGAGUCCUCGAUGGACACCAUGGAACCACCACCCGCCCAAGAAGUGCCCGUCACGGAUACACGGCAACAGCUGGAGGAAUCGGGGGGACGGGGGGAUGAAGAAUGGUGGUGCAGUGACGUCGCCGGCAACGACCGAGGGAAUGACGACGACGAAGACGACUCCGGUGACGUCGUCGGAUGUUCCAGAUUCACGGUAACCGGAGGACGGCGCAACAGUAGUACCUUGACUAGUCCUAAGCGUAGCGGUAGCGGUAGUAUAAGUACUAUCAAGACAGAAGACGAAGGAGGCGGUGGAGGGGCCGGAAGUAGUGGUGAAGGGGGCGGCAGCGGAGCUGGAAGCAGUACCAGCGGGGGCGGAGAAAAGUCCAACAGUACCAGGCCGCAGGACGGCACCGGAAGCACUCACGGAUCCAACGGUUUGCUGACACAAUUUGGUUUAGACGUACCGUCGAAUAGGACGAAAAACAAUAAACUUUACGCUUACUCAGGCGCGGUGGGAUACCCAAACGCUUCUCCCGGCACGUUGAGUUUUCACACCUCUGCGCAUACUCUUACGCUUAAUAGUCAUAGUGCCAAUAUAUUCGAUAUAGCGAACGACUCCACGGAGCCGGGUAGCAAGUUGGACACAGAUGCUCCAGUUAGUAAUACUGUCUCAGCGAACAACAAGGCCAAAACAAUCGUCCGGAAAAAUAAUUUCGUUAUGGAGGUAACGUGAUGGUCUGUUGAUGCCCCCCACGUGAAUCGGGGUGAUGCUGUCGAGUUUCAUCUGCAGGGUCGAUGUUGGGUGUUUGAUAAUGAUGAUGGUGGCCGCGAUUGCGCCAUUGCGACGGCGCUGUCAACCGAUAGAGAAUGGUAUAUUCUGUGCUGCUACCGCUACUCUCCUUAAGUUACAGUUUAUAUCUUGUAGUAACUAUCAUGUAUCACAAACAAAACACAAGCUAAUUAAGAGAAAAAAACUAAAAAUGUAAAAAAUAGUUGUUGAUAUAUGUAUUAAGAAACGCUCCAAGCUGGUUUGCGGUUUUCUCUGUUUUGCGUUUUGUCGACUGAAUAGUAAAAUGCAGGAUGAUUAAUUAUUUUAUUAUAUUAUUAUUUUGGAAGUAAAUUCUAUUGCGAAUAAAAUGCGAGGUUUGGCAAAAAAAUGUCUAAUGGAAAAAGUUUUCAAAUGGCACAUGGUCUUUUCAUUUACCAGGAUGAAUAUUUCUACAAUUAUUGUUUUUGAAAUGUAUAGGAAGAUGUGACUGCUUCUGUUCUAUGAUUGUACAUACAGGUGAGACCUAAGCAUAUUGUAAAUUAAAUACCAUCAAUGAUCCUUGAGCCCAUUUCCAAUACCAUACAAAUAAUAAUAAUUUUGUCGUAUUUUGUUAGUUGCCUUUCAGUGAAAAAUAAGUGAUUGUUCCUUAUACUCUGUUUAAAAACCGUGCAAUUUUUAAAAAACUCGUUUUGGUGUAUUGACUCAUUUGUCUUUGCAAAAAUAUUUUUGGAUUUAGGAUUCUGACUUUGUUGCUUUUGCAAUACGCCAAGAGUGCAGACUGUGAAAACCAAUAGUUCGCCAAUUUCGGCCUGAAAAGAAGGCUGAAAUAGCGUUAAAACUAAUAAAAAUACGCUUCAACCUCUUGUAGAGCAACGAAUUAACUUUAAGUUAAAUACUUGUCGACCUUAAAACAUACCUGUAUAAUUUUUAACUUAGUUUAACAUACCGGCAGAUCAAAUUUGAUUAAAGAUUUUUUUGAAUAAAUUAAAUUUUUUUGUCAGGCUAAUUUGUUUUUCGUUUUCUUUGGAUCACUCCUAACGAAGAAGGUUUCUAUUAAGUUUUCUCUAAAGCUCAUAAUUUUUAAGUUAUUGCCAUGGGGUGUCUCGAUAAGAACGCCGGAUUUGAUUUUCAAUAAAAACACAAUUUCUUUUCGAAUUAAGCGAGUAUAAUGUUUCAACAUGAAGAGGAAUAGUUGCGAUUAAACAUGAAAUAGGACAUCCGGUAAGUGGCCACCACAAAACCCCUGUCACAGGGUCAGUCUUUUCUUAAAAUUCCGGAUAACGUUUUCGCACAACGCAUUGAUAAAACGCCUAUCUCUUCUUUGAGGCGUUCAACUGUUUAAGGCUUGUUCCAUUACACCUUUUCCUUCACAUAGCCCCAAAAAUGGGUAUAUUCAGUGCUUGAAGACUUGUUUAAAAAUUAUAAAUUUUGAUGUGACCAAGUAUCUAAAUUUUAGAUAAAACCUUGCUCUACAAGAUCAGUACAUGUAUAUAAGGUAACAAAAACCUUGCAACAGAAACACGUAGCUAAAACAAAAAAAAAAACAAAAAAUACCCAAAGUUCAAAGUUACAAAAAAUAAUUGUAAAAUAAUGUAAAUAUUUCGAUAGGUUCGACAUUGUCUCACGUGUAUAUUUGUAAAUUCCUCUUUAUUACCUAAAAAAUAAAGAUUCAAAAUCCUAUUGGGGAAUUAAAAAAUUCUGAUGAUUUUGCUGAUGCAUUCUAUAUCUUGCGAAAGACAUCUAUCCAUAAUUAUGUAGUCGUAGUUUUAAGGACAUGCAUAUCUUCAUAUUGUUAUUCUGUCAAAUAUAGAAGAAAAUGACCCCAGUAAAAGUUUUCUAGUUAAGGUAUUGCAACUUUUAGGUUUUUUCAAAAAAUCACUACUUUUUGCUCCUUUUUGCCUGGUAUGGCUAUUAAGAACUUCUAACUUAUGAGUAAGAUCAUUAAAUAGACUGAUUUUUAAGAUCAUUUGUCGAUUCAGUCUGGUACAUUUUCUCACAGUAAUUUGUCAAACUUUAGUAAAGGUUCUCAUAUUGAAACAAAAUGUAUUAAUUACACUGGUCAACAAAAUUUUAACUUUGUCGUGCCACACGGACUUUUUUGAUAUUUUUUACUUUAAUUGGUGAUUGUAAGAAAAAAUAAACGGUUAAAAAAAAUUUGCUAGACAAGGAUUUUAUUCUAUUGGGUAAUUUAAAAUAUUAAGAAAAAACACAGAUCUCGUAAAUCAAAAGUUAUUUUUUUUUAUAAAUGACUUAAUAAUAUAAGAUUUUCUUGAAUAUUUAGCUUUUGGUUGGUCCCUUUUAAUUGUCCAGCAGUAAUCUGCUAACAUAUUUGGGCUCCAUUUGCCCUGGUACCGCUUUUCCAUAUUAGAAAUGUCCUGAUGGAACCUCUCACCGUGCUCGUCGCUGACAGCCCCUAAAUUGUCAGGAAAAAAAUCCAGGUGCGAGUCUAAAAAAUGGAUCUUAAGUGACAUGUUGCGACCCAAUGUUUGAUAUGACAAUAAUAGCUCGCUAACCAACUCUCUGUAGCUGUCACUCUUGUGGUUACCCAAAAAAUUUGAAGCAACAUUUUUAAAAGCCUUCCAUGCAGAUGUUUCUAAAUCGCUUAAUUUUUCUUCAAAUCUUGAAUAUUUUAUUAACUCCCUAAUUUGAGGGCCAACAAAAAUACCCUCUUUUAUCUUUGCAUCACUUAUUUUAGGGAAUUUUUCUUUUAGAUACAAAAAUCCACUCCCAUUGCGAUCCAUUGCCUUCACAAAAUUUUUUAUUAAUCCUAAUUUGAUAUGCAAUGGUGGUAGAAGCACAUUAUUUGGCUGUACAAGGGGUAAAUACUUUACGUUUUUUUGCCCAGGAACUAACGAUGCACGCGUAGGCCAUGUUUUUUUAUAUAGUUAUUAGUUCUGUCUCGGCCAUCCCAUUCACAUAAAAAGCAGCAAAACUUUGUAUAACCCGGCUGAAGUCCAAGUAAUAGUGCAACAACUUUAAGAUCACCGCAGAUUUUGAAGGAAUAUGUACUGUAAUUUAUUUUUUCAAGUAAAAGUUUCAUAAUUUCAUAGGUUUCUUUCAUAUUUGCAGCAUGGGCCAGAGGUACAGACGGAAGCUUAUUUCCAUUAUGCAAUAACACUGCUUUUAGACUUGCUUUCGAAGAAUCAAUGAAUAAACGCCACUGAGAGAGAUCAAAAUCUAUGUCCAACAUUUUCAUAAUCUCAUUUAUGUUAUUGCAAAACACCAAAUCUCCAUCCUGAGAAAAAUACGUUCUGAAGUGUUGAUCACGGUUUCGAAAAUAGCUAACUUUUGUAUUAUGAUGUAGCAAAUUCCAUUCUUUUAGACGUGAUCCUAAUAGUUCUGACUGCUUUUUUGACAAAUUUAAAUCCCGAACCAAAUCAUUUAGGUCUCCUUGAGUUAUCAAAUGUGGCUCGUUUACAAUUCCUUUUAACUCAAAGUCAUCGUCCUCGUCAACACAUUCACCUGAAGUGGACGGUUGUGAAUUGUUCUCAACAGACGUAGUUGCAAUUGGUAUUAGUUCUGGCAAUUUUUUACAAUGAGAGACUGGUCUUAUAGCCGAAGAUAAGUUAGGGUAAAUAACUGUGUUUUUUUUUCUUGUAAUUUAUACCUUUUAUGUCUGUGAGACAAAAAUAGCAAUCUGAAACGUGAUCUCGCUAUUCAGUCCAUAUCAUGGGUACAGCAAACGGCAUAGGUCGUGCACCUUUCUUCCAGUCAGUUAAAUUUUUCACACACGUUAUGCAACAGACAUGAGGGACCCAGGAUUUGUCUUGAUGGGCGACAGAAAAACCAAAACAUUGGUGAUAACACUCCAACACAAGAUUCGUAAAAUUUCGUCGUUGUUUUUUGAAUGUUAGUUCUCCGCAGACAUAACAAAAAGAGUUAGGAUCAUUAUUACACUUCCUCGACAUAUUCACAGGGCUAAUAAAUCACAAAAAGUGUUCAAAUUCAACAACAAAUAUUUUUAUAAGGAUUUACUUGUAAGCGUUGUUAAUUUACUGCCGUAGUACUAGUUAUGAGUAUUACCGUAUCACAACAAAUAUGAGGCUAAUAGACAUAUGACAGCUGUCAUGUAAUAAUGAGGGUAGACUGAUAAAACAAAAUUAGCUGUCAAAGUUCGUGUGGCAAAACCAGUGUUGACCAGUGUUAUUUUAGCAUAGCGUGCUAGUUUUCACUGAAAUGAAUCCUCUAUUAAUGGAGGAAAAAACUCAUAAGUUAGAAGUUCUGAAUAGCAUAGCAGACAAAAAACCUAAAUGUGGAAAUAUCUUGAAAACUAGAAAACUUUUACUAAGGUCAUGUUGAUUUUAUAUGAUUGAUCUGAAGCCAAAGCGACACCCUGUAUAAAUAUUAUUCCUAUAUGAAAAAAUUUUUUUUGAGAUACUACUCGCAAGUGUUUACAAAAUAAACUAAUAAAUUGAAAUUGGCAGCUCAGCGAAUCUCAUAUGAAAUUUCAUUAGAUUUUCUUUUUGUUGUAUUUCAUUUGUAGUAACAUAAAAAUGUUGAAAAUGCUUUAGAAUGCAUAGCUGGAGUCUAAAGGAUAUAAGAUUUUUAAAAAGUCAAAAUCCUACAAAACUUAAGACUUGAUUCAUAUAAAAACUGUACAAUGGCGCCUAUUCAUUUCCAUGUGUACAUUUUUUUAACACAUUGUAUAUACAUAUAUAUUCUAUGUGGGAACACGGUAUUAUUUUUAAACAAGUACCAGUUUUUAUCAAGUUUUUACUGUGAUUGCGAUAAAAACAUAUUUUUGAACCAGUUUCUUUUGCAAGUUAACUUUUGUGACGUAUUUUGUUGUUUUUCUAGAAUAAAGUCACGGAUGCUGUAGGCACUAAUAAAAAUUCGACAAAUAGUGCAUGAAUUUCUGUGUCAACCCUCGUAUUUCUUCGACAAACUUGAAAUAACUUCGUAAUUCAUUUUGGAAGACUCGUUGUUGUAAAGUGCAAUAGUAAUCUAUACCAUAGUAUAGAGGAAAAAGUAAAAGUCAGUUCAACUCAUUACUUUAAGGGUUUAAUCAUCCUAUGUGUUGUUUUAUAGUAGCAGUUGAACACGCUGUUUUUGACACUGUGAUCAUAUACACUUGAUUUUAAUAGGAAUAAAAAUGUUUUACAAUUACCUGUCUUUUAUUUACGUUGCAAAACUUGAGAAAACUUCGAACCGCCUCUUUCACUUUCUGAUAUCGAUGUGUUCAAUAUAAGUGAUGAUUUUAUUUUCAUCGUGCAGUCACAUACUUCUGUGAGGUGAUUUCCCAUUUGCGAAAUGGAUAUAGAGAGUGGCUGACAGCGUGAAAUUCGGUCACUGUAGCAAUAUAUAUACCUUAGACGCUAUCAGAAGUAUAGAGCAAAUUAUAUAAAUCAACGUCUAUGUUUUACUGACCAAAUGGAACCAUAGUUGUAGAAUUGAAGUAUUGUGUCAUUUUGUGAGAAAGCCGCGGAUAUGGCCGAAACGUCAGUAAAUAUUUCAAUCCUACAUCACA